AUGUCGAACCUAUUUGCCGAGCUGAAGACGCCGAUUACCGGCACCUAUAAGCAGCCCACGGGACUCUUCAUUAACAACGAGUUCGUCGAGGGUGUUGACAAGAAGACGUUCGAGGUUGUGAACCCAACAACCGAGGAGGUCAUCUGCUCCGUGAGCGAGGCUACCGAGAAGGAUGUCGAUAUCGCCGUUGCCGCUGCGCGGAAGGCGUUUGACGGCUCGUGGCACCACACUACCCCUCAGCAGCGCGGUGUCUUGUUGACCAAGCUGGCCGAUCUUUGCGAGAAGAACCUGGACCUCCUAGCCGCCGUCGAGUCUCUCGACAAUGGCAAGUCCAUCACAAUGGCCCGGGGAGACGUUGGUGCCGUGGCUGGUUGCAUCAGAUACUACGGCGGGUGGGCGGACAAGAUCGAGGGCAAGACAAUUGAUAUCUCGCCCGACAUGUUCCACUACACAAGGCAGGAGCCGCUCGGCGUCUGCGGCCAAAUCAUCCCCUGGAACUUUCCGCUUCUGAUGCUCGCCUGGAAGAUCGGCCCUGCUCUUGCCACAGGCAACACUAUCGUUCUCAAGACAGCCGAGCAAACCCCCCUGUCCGGGCUUGUCUUUGCCCAGCUGGUCAAGGAGGCUGGCUUCCCUCCCGGUGUCCUAAACAUUAUCUCGGGGUUCGGCAAGGUCGCCGGUGCAGCCAUCUCGUCCCACAUGAACAUUGACAAGGUUGCCUUCACCGGCUCCACCAUUGUCGGCCGCGCCAUCAUGAAGGCAGCUGCCUCGUCCAAUCUGAAGAAGGUGACGCUCGAGCUCGGCGGCAAGUCGCCCAACAUCAUCUUCAACGACGCCGACAUUGACGCGGCCGUCAGCUGGGUCAACUUUGGCAUCUACUACAACCACGGCCAAUGCUGCUGCGCCGGCUCGCGCGUCUACGUGCAAGACGGCGUCUACGACAAGUUCGUCGCGGCGUUCAAGAAGCGGGCGGAGGAGAACAAGGUCGGCGACCCGUUCCACCAUGAGACGUUCCAAGGCCCGCAGGUCAGCCAGCUCCAGUACGACCGCAUCAUGGGGUACAUCCAGUCGGGCAAGGACGAGGGCGCGACGGUCGAGACGGGCGGCGGGCGGCACGGCGACAAGGGCUACUUCAUCCAGCCGACCAUCUUCACCAACGUGACGCACGAGAUGAAGAUCAUGCAGGAGGAAAUCUUUGGGCCCGUGUGCGCCAUCGCAAAGUUCCACAGCGAGGAGGAGGUGAUCCAGCUCGGCAACGAUUCGGCUUACGGGCUCGCCGCCGCAUUGCAUACCAAGGACCUCAACACAGCCAUCCGCGUGAGCAACUCGCUGCGCGCCGGCACCGUCUGGGUCAACUGCUACAACAUGCUGCACCACCAACUGCCGUUUGGCGGUUACAAGGAGUCGGGCAUCGGCCGCGAGCUCGGCGAAGCCGCGCUGCUGAACUAUACCCAGAACAAGAGCGUGGCUAUCAGGCUCGGCGGCCCGCUAUUUUGA